AUGAGUUAUUGGAGCCUGGAUAAGAAAAGUUGUCUGCAGUACUGCAGACAUUUUUUAGUGGACAAUGGUGUAUUUCAUGUUGAAAGAUGCAUGAGUGUAAUGCAGUCUGGGACUCAGAUGAUUAAGCUGAAGAGUGGAACAAAAGGGCUAGUACGUCUCUUUUACUUGGACGAACACAGGACCUGCAUCAGAUGGAGACCAUCCAGAAAAAGUGAAAAAGCUAAAAUUGUGAUUGAUUCAAUUUACAAAGUGACAGAAGGCCGACAGUCGGAAAUAUUCCAUCGCCAUACUGAGGGGAACUUUGACCCAAGUUGCUGCUUUACCAUUUACCAUGGCAACCACAUGGAGUCACUAGAUCUUAUUACCUCUAAUCCGGAGGAGGCUCGCACCUGGAUCACAGGACUUAAGUAUUUGAUGGCUGGAAUAAGCGAUGAGGAUUCUCUUGCAAAACGACAAAGAACUCAUGAUCAUUGGGUGAAACAGACCUUUGAGGAAGCAGAUAAGAAUGGAGAUGGCUUGUUGAAUAUUGAAGAGAUCCACCAGUUGAUGCAUAAACUGAAUGUCAAUCUGCCUCGCAGAAAGGUGCGACAGAUGUUCCAGGAAGCUGACACUGAUGAGAAUCAGGGAACGCUAACAUUUGAAGAAUUCUCUGUGUUUUACAAGAUGAUGUCAUUACGACGUGAUCUCUACUUGUUGCUUUUGAGCUACAGUGAUAAGAAAGAUCAUCUCACUGUAGAAGAAUUUGCUCAGUUUCUGAAGGUGGAACAAAAGAUGAAUAAUGUGACCAUAGAAUAUUGCCUUGACAUCAUAAGGAAGUUUGAAGUUUCAGAAGAAAACAAGGAGCAAAAUGUUCUGGGGAUAGAAGGUUUCACCAGCUUCAUGCGCAGUUCUGCUUGUGAUAUAUUUAACCCAUUGCAUUCUGAAGUCCAUCAGGAUAUGGAUCAGCCCCUUUGUAACUACUAUAUUGCUUCAUCUCACAAUACAUACCUGACAGGAGACCAACUAUUGUCUCAGUCCAAAGUGGAGAUGUAUGCCCGGGUGUUACAGGAUGGCUGUCGCUGUAUUGAAGUUGACUGCUGGGAUGGUCCAGAUGGCGAGCCAGUGGUGCACCAUGGUUAUACCCUAACUUCCAAAAUACUCUUCAGAGAUGUGGUAGAAGCUAUAAAUAAAAAUGCCUUUGUCAAAAAUGAGUUUCCAGUGAUAUUGUCUAUUGAGAAUCAUUGCAGUAUCCAGCAGCAAAAGAAGAUUGCUCAGUACCUGAAGGAAAUAUUCAGUGACAAACUGGACUUGUCGUCUAUAAUCACUGGAGAUUCCAAGCAGCUUCCAAGCCCUCAAAGUUUGAAAGGCAAAAUCCUGGUGAAGGGCAAGAAGUUACCAUAUAACCUUGCAUCUGAUGCUGAAGAAGGGGAGGUUUCUGAUGAAGAUAGUGCAGAUGAAAUUGAAGAUGACUGCAAGUUAAAGCUGUGUUAUAGUAAUGGUACAACUGAGCACCAGAUGGAGUCUUUUAUAAGAAAGAAACUUGAAUCUCUGAUAAAAGAAUCUCAAAUCAGGGACAAAGAAGACCCUGAUAGUUUCACUGUGAGAGCGCUGUUGAAAGCAACACAUGAAGGCUUAAAUGUAAACUUGAAACAGAAUCGAGAUACAAAAGAAAGUGGAAAGAAAUCCCAUAGUCGUUCAUUAAUAGGCAACUUUGGGAAACACAAGAAAGCUGUCAAACCAAGGUCCAAAUCUCAUAGUACAUCUGAUGAUGAAGAAAGUCAGCAAAAUUCUUCUGGAAAAGAAAUUGGACAGUUGUACAGAUUGGGCCGUAGGAGAAAAACCAUGAAGUUGUGCCGCGCUCUUUCCGAUUUAGUCGUGUACACAAACUCUGUAGCAGCCCAAGAUAUAGUGGAUGAUGGGACUAUGGGAAAUGUGUUAUCGUUCAGUGAAACAAGGGCCCACCAAAUAGUGCAGCAGAAGUCUGAACACUUCAUACUUUACAACCAGAAACAGCUCACCAGAAUCUAUCCAUCUGCGUAUCGGAUUGACUCCAGCAAUUUCAACCCCAUGCCAUACUGGAAUGCUGGUUGCCAGCUGGUGGCAUUAAACUACCAGUCAGAUGGGCGCAUGAUGCAGGUAAAUCAAGCAAAGUUCAGGAUGAAUGGCAACUGUGGAUAUGUUCUCAAACCUCAGCAGAUGUGUAAAGGUACAUUCAACCCAUAUUGUGGUGAUCCACUUCCUGCCAACCCUAAAAAGCAACUUAUUCUCAAAGUCAUCAGUGGGCAGCAACUACCUAAGCCUCCAGAUUCAGUAUUAGGAGACAGAGGAGAGAUAAUAGAUCCUUUUGUGGAGGUGGAAGUUAUUGGGUUACCUGUAGAUUGCUGUAAAGACCAGACAAGAGUGGUUGAUGACAAUGGAUUUAACCCGGUGUGGGAGGAAACUCUCACUUUUACCAUCCACAUGCCUGAAAUAGCUUUGGUUCGAUUCCUUGUUUGGGACCAUGAUCCUAUUGGUCGAGAUUUUGUUGGACAAAGAACUGUGGCCUUCAGCAGUCUUGUGCCUGGCUAUCGUCACGUGUACUUAGAGGGACUGACAGAAGCAUCCAUAUUUGUUCAUAUAACAAUCAAUGAAAUCUAUGGAAAGAAUAGGCAGCUAAUAGGACUCAAAGGGUUGUUUAACAAGAAUCCCAAACACAAUUCUGCUGAAAGCAAUGGGUAUAGUGUGCGGAAACGCUCAAUCGGUGAUCGAAUUCUCCGACGCACAGCAAGUGCUCCAGCAAAAGGCAGGAAGAAGAGCAAAAUGGGCUUUCAGGAAGCUACAGAAAUUAAAGAUGGCACUCCUGAGCCAACAGAUGUGAAAGACAAGGAAGGAGUUAUAAGGCGUACAACCAGAAGUUUGCAAGCGCGUCCUGCUUCUAUGCCAGUUGACAAAUUCCUUCUAGUGGGAUUGUCUUCACCAGAACGUGAAGGGAUUAAAGACACGAAAAGAAAAGAAAAUACCUCUGAUAGCAACAAUGGUACAAGUGAGACCCAAGGAAACUUGAAAGAACAUAUCUUUUCUUCCCCUGAGCAAGCUGCACCUUCUUCAAAUUCCACAUCUCUGCCUAAAAAAGCUACUUCCCAGAGUGACACCAGAAUUGGCAGUUCUGUGGAAUCACCUGUACAUGAACAUGGAGAAAGCUUCAACUUUGUAACUGGAAUUGCUGAAACCAGUCACUCCACAGAAUGUCAGGAAAGUCAUCUUUCCAAUGAGCCUGUUCAUAUAAGACACGGUUCAGUUGUUGAUCUCGGAACAGAGAAAAUACAUGACACAAAUUAUACAGAUGAAAAGAGAGGAGAGACUGGAGGAUAUAAAGAAGAGAAAAAAAUACUGGCAGGUAGUUGUCUUUCUCAAAAGGAACAGGAGUUUGAAAACAAUAAAUACGAUGUCAUUAUGAAUAGUACUAUAGCCACUUUUUCACUAACUGAUGUCUCUUCCAUCGCCUGUUCUGACAUCCAGGAUUUACCCUCCACAGCAGCCCUACAGGAUAGCGAUGUUUCUCGUCUUAUAGAUGAGGUUACUUUAACAAAUGAGAGUGAGAUAAGUAGUUCUGUCUCAGCAUUGAUAGGACAGUUUGAUGUUACAGAUGACCAAAGUAAUCUGACUAGUCUUCAUGGCGCCAGCAACCAAACCUUCAAUGCGGUGUCAGCUCAUCCUCACAAGCUUACUGUUGAUCUAAGUACGCCCCUUAAGCAAAACUUUACUAAUGUAACAUCUGUUGAAUCACAAUUAUUCUCCACACCAAAUACUGCUAUGUUCUCCAGCCCUGAGACAACAGAGUAUUCUAUGUACACAAUUGUCCAUGAGGCAUCUCUUUCACCAGCCUCUGACUGUAAACCAAUAGCUCAACGAGCUUGUAAGAAGUCAGACUGUGUGGAAAAUAGCCUUCCAGUAUCCCAGUGCAUUUCCCCCCUCCAUUUGCUAACUGCAAAUCCCAAAAGGAAGUGUGGAACAAAUUGGGAGACUCUUGAGGACAGCAGUUCCUGCACUUCCAACAGCGGCACUUUGGAGGAUACAAUAGUUGUUCCUCCUGCUUUUGUAAACUCAGCAGGCAGCAGUCUUAUGGAAGUUGAGGGAGAUUCCCAAGACCUCCUGAUAACUGCAUACGAAUUCAAGAGAGAAGAUUUGAGCCAACUUGCUGCUUCUUUGAAACUGAAGCAUAAUCAGGACUCAGUAUACUACUGUGAGAGAAUCUCUGGGAAUAAUUUAAUUAAUGAGGAUCUUCACAAUGCUGCUGUGGAUAAUUCAGAUAAUUUUAGGACUGCAAGAAAUCAAAGUUUUCCUUAUCCUGCAUUUCAGAGUGUUGGCUUUUUGCAUAAUAAUUAUCUGCAAGCUUCAGAUAUGCAAAAUGAUUUGUUGUAUGUCUCUCAAAGAUCCAGACUUAAUAUGCAUUCACCUACACCCAAGAACAGUUUGCCCUAUCCUCCUGCUACAGCCAUCAAACAGCCUAGUCCAUGCAAAUCCAAGAGCCUUGGAGAUUUGACAUCAGAGGAUAUUUCCUGCAAUUUUGAGAGCAAAUACAAAUAUAUAAGUAGAAGCUUUAUUACAUCUGGCAUGAGAGAUAAGAAAGUUGCAGCUAUGAAAACCCAGAGACCACAAUCUACAGACACUCUGACAGAACAACUGCGAAAACUGGUAUCCUUUGACCAGGAAGACAACUGUCAAACUUUAUAUUCUAAGCAGAAUGAUGACGACGAUGAUGAUGAUUGCCCCAAAGCAUUGGUCAGAAAACUGUCAUCCAGAAGUCAAAGCCGAGUACGUAAUAUUGCCAGUCGUGCCAAGGAAAGACAAGAAGCCAACAAGCAAAAACUUUCUAAUGCUACCAGCAUAGCAGGGGUAGUUCUAAGAAACAAACCAUCAGUAUCGGCUCAUGUUAUCAACAGGCAUUCCACAGGCUCUUACAUAGCAAGAUACCUGAAUAACUUCAGUGGGGAGGAUCUGGAAGGUCGGGGUGCACCAGAGGGCUCAUGCACUUCUUUGCAGUACGGAUGCAAUGACCAGUUUUGUAGAGAUGAUUCAGUUUUUCAGAUGGAGCCAAGCAGUGAUGAUAAGCCAGAAAUUUAUUUCCUUCUGAGACUGUAAAUUGUAUACAUGUACAUGUUCAGUGUUUACAAACUAUUUCAUUGAAUGAAGGAUUUUUAGUAAGAAGUAUAGUCCUUGACGUUUAAAUUAUUUAGAAAAACAAUUUUAAGCUAAUGAUCUAGUCUUGAAUUAAUGUGCUGUUUCUUUGUCAAAGAUUAUGUAAAUAGAUUAUGUGAUGUAUUUUUAUUUACAAAUGAGAAAGUGAAUUAUUUGCAUGCAAUAGGUUUGAACAGUCCCAGCGUCCAGUAUUUGUAAUGUAUGUAAAUUUUGAGAAUAGAGUUCUGCACUUCUGUGCACAUCAGCAGAGCUCAGCAAUUAAUGCAAUACAUGUUUUGCUUUUCCCCUAAACCCGCUUAGCUUCUUGCAGAGAGAAUUUUAGGAGGCCACCAUUUUAGACCCCAUCUUGGAAAUGCUACUGAGGAUAAUGAUUUCUGCCAACAGUAGUCACUGGGAUUAUUGAUGAUGGAAAUCACUAUGGCCAAUAAUAAGUGUUUUCAGGAUUACGUGUAAGCCUUUUCUAUCUUAAUUGUCUUUACUUGUUUGUUAAUGUUGAUUUUUAAGUCUUUCCAUACAUGAACUUGGAUUUCUAGCAUUAGGAUUCAUGCAAGUUUGCAAGUAAUUUGUAGAUUGUCUUCCGCUCUUUAAAUUAAAUACCAUGGUGACUUUUUCUUCCUUUCGUUGAGUGUUUAUUUCAGGUUUGGAAUAUGGUAACAGGAAUGUUCCUAUACAUAGACUUUUUCCAGCAUUCCUGUUUACACUAUUCUAAUCCAGAAAUGAACAUUCAGAAAAAGGAAGAAAAUCUUACUUUCCAUAUACUUUGUUAUGUAUUUUUGAUAUUGGCUGUAUAUGUAACUUGAAUGCAGUAGCAGAGAUGUUUUCUAUGUUUGUAAUUAUAUGCUAAAUUGUUGAUAAUCAAUAUUGUAGUUACUGCAUACAUAGCAGGAUAAGUAAUUUGUCUUUCCAUCAUCACAUGGUUUUGAGAAAAGGGCUUUUUCUGUAUUAUGUUGAAAACCAAGUGAGUUAAUUACAAAAAAUACAAAAACUUCCCUAAAGGGAGCAAGAUAGCUUUAUUUUGAGUUUAAGGUAUAUGUUGUUGUCACUGUGAACACAUUUUUCAUGAGAUGUAAAAGACUUUUUACCUCUUUUCUUUUGUAACACAGGAUAUUAUUAUUCAUGGAGACAUUAAAAUAGAUUUUUAUGUUCCUGGUGCAUAUUUAUUGAUGCUACAGCAAAUGCAACAAUGUUGAACUUGUGGCAGUCAGUGAUUGCAUACAUUUGUCUUGUCAUGCAUUUGCAAUAAACCUUUAUAAAGAAAAAAAAUCUUCUCCUUUUAGGUGGUGGCCAUAGUUCUAUCUAGUAAUUUACAACUCAGAACAUUCUGUUUUCGAAAGGGGAGAAGAGUAUUGAAUGUUGUUAAAUGAUUCUGAUAGGAAGUCAUAUUUACUGAGUACUUGUAUAAUUGCCAGCUGUCCCCAGUUAGAAAUGACAGUGUCGUAUUUAUCAUUUUUCUAUUCAAUCCAGUGAUAAUAUGUUCUCUUACUUUAUAUUUUUCAAUGGAAUGCCCCUGCUUUUUGUGUCAAAAUUCCCAUUUGUUGAAUUUGAAUGUUAUAUGUUAGAGUGUAUCUUCUAAUACAGCCAUUGAUUUAUUUUUUUCUGGUUCUGUUUUUAUACCAGUCACGUGACAAAAAUAUUUUCUGCUGUUAUUUCUCAUUUAGCUCAAAACAUACACAUAGUGGAUUGUAACAAUACAGGAGGAAAAAUGUUCGAUACAUUCUCCUGGAUAUGGUGUCCAGCUUUAUUAGCUGCUGCUAAAUCCCAGUGUUCAGUGACAACUUUGGGAUUCCUCCAGUCCACUGAUCCAGUGCUCUGCAGGAACAUCUACACUGCAGGUGGAGCCUCUUCCUCUGCCUAAGUAGAUAGGCUUUUGCUAGCAAGGCUUGAGGCAGCAUACUAAAAAUAGCAAUGGGGAGGUUGCAGCUCUGGUGAAGACUCAGCAUAGGCACCUGAGCUCAGACCUAGGGAUGGGUGGGCUUGAGAGCCUGAACUGCUGCCUAAACCACAACUUUCAUCCUGCUCUUUAUAGCCUGCUCGCUUCAGCCCUGUUAGCAUGAGUCAGUCUGUCUGGGAUAGGGGGUUGAGUUCCCUGCUGCCAUGCACAUACUCAGCUAGUUCCUCAGCGCAAGGGGACCAGGCAGCUGCAAUUGCAAGAUAAGUGGGUUAUGGCUACUUCAGGUAGUGAUUGUCUCUUUUGCAGCUAGAAGGCUAUGGGAAUAGCAGAGCAAUGUGGACCCCUUCUGAGGGCUUGAGCUCAGGAUUGCUGACAGACUCGCUGAGCGGGGCGAGGGAGGGAGA